AUGGCCAUUGAACCCACAAAGGCUAUCGUACCCCCUCGAGGGGUCAAGACUGACUAUCCUUUAAUUGAUUCCGACCCACAUAUUAAGAGAGUCUUCGGCUAUGCUCGAGCUUCGGACUACGCCGUUGGUGGUGCCGCCGCAGCUGCCUCCCCGCUCGCCUUCUGGCUGAUGGAGAAGUUCAGUCCCUCUCACGUCGGAAAGGGAGGAUUUGCGCCAGUCAUGCGCUUGGCGACGGCAAUCGGCAUCCUCGGAGGCGUUCACAUUUUCUACCAGAGAUCUAUAAACCGCUUCUACGGCUUCACAGAAAACACACGCGAGGUCGAAAAGGAUAUGCGCGAAAUGGUCGACAAGGUCAAGAAGGGCGAGCCACUCUACGGCAAAUCACAACUCUCAGAAUACCUCCAAGGCGUUGCUGCCCGCAACUCGCGAUACACCGGUCUCUUUGCCCAUGUUAUCCCAUGGUUCAAUAUGGUCAACCAUAACCAGCAUGGUGUCGACACGGCCAAGUAUUAUCAGCAGGCUGAGAGAGAGCUUGAGGCGGAGCGCUUGGGCAAAUAA